GUCUCCAAUAAUCCCAUAUGGGGAUUUGAGCAAUAGAAGUCUUUGAGCUUCGACUAUCAAGCAGACGUUAGGCUUUGGUUUUGAAGGUCGCUUUCAUUGCGCCGUCUUAUCAAUCGCAAAGUCAUCUGUAUCAGGAUGUUAUCCCUUCGCUUGACGACAACGCCGCCCCAGAUAUUUCAAAACUUCACACAAUAUUCUCAUAUUUCCUUGCCAAAAUGACCCAAAUCGUGGCUACUACUGACCGCCACGAAAUUGUCAAGAUAAUUUCGGAUUUCUACAACUUCAUCACCACCUUUCCCUACCUUCCGGCUUCCUCCAUAAAAGCGCCUCCUCGAGACGGCUGGCCCGAAGACGUUCGCGAAACUUUCCGCAAGAUGGGCAAAACCGACCAAGUCGUCGAUUUACUUUCUCAUCUGCCAUAUGUAGACACCAGUGCCUGGGAAGUCUUCCCCGAUACCGAGCCCAUUGACUACACUAGUACCCGGAGCUUGAAACGCAUAGAUCGCAAUGUCAGCCUUGAUCCCCCACACUGCGAGAUUCCAGAUCAUGUGGUAUCAUUGACGUGUGGGAGGAAUUAUGGAAUUUGGUUGUUGCUGGAUACCAACACUGCAGGUACUGUUGCUGAAUAUUCGCUUCUCGGUGGUCCCCAGCCAAAUUUUACUGAUGAAGAAUUUCAAAGUGGCAAUACCUGGCGCCUGUAUCCUACUAAACCUCUGGGGGAAUUAAUCGCGACUCUGAAGGAGAAGUACAGAUCCUUGCAAGCGAUUCCUGUGGUCCGAAAUGAUGGUCAUUCGGGCAUUAUCCGGGUUGGCGGUGGGGAAAGGGACGAGGAACUUGAGGAAAUCCGGAAAAUAUAUCGUGGCCAUGGCUGGCCCUCUCCUGACUUCCGCAAGGAAGAAUGCAAGGCCGAGCUCCAACUGUGGUAUACAGGGUGGCUUGACAAGAAUUCAGGCAACCAGAGAUAGUAGACGUGAUGAGGAUGAAUAAAAAGGGACAAGAAUCGGGGUUUGCUGCCACCUGCCGCAGCCUUGACCUCCACUAAGGUAUACCUUAAGAUUCCAGAUCAUGUGGACGCUGGGUUUC